CGUGAAGCCUUUAAGAUGUUUGACCGGGAUGGGAACGGGUUCAUCUCAAAACAGGAGCUAGGAGUGGCCAUGCGGUCUCUUGGUUACAUGCCAAAUGAAGUGGAGCUGGAGGUGAUCAUUCAGAGACUGGACAUGAAUGGUGACGGUCAGGUUGACUUUGAAGAGUUCGUAGCACUUCUCGGACCAAAAUUGUCUUCAGCUGGUAUGCCUGACAGAUUCCAUGGAGCCGAGUUUGACUCCGUAUUCUGGAAGGUGUGGAGGUUUUCUUUGAAAUAAUCUCAAUUAUUUCCCCCAUCGUCUCAAUGAUUAGUUCUGUCUGGCUUCAGCUUUACUUUGUCCCU